UGAGUUCGAAACAAAAUACCAAAGUUUACAUGUUUGUUGAAAGAUGGCGGGAGAAGACAUACACAAAUCUUGUCUGGUUGUUAAAUGGAGUGGAAAUGAGUACAGUGUUAAUGUAGACGACAGUUUUACUGUGUUAGACUUAAAGAAAGAAAUAAAAAAUGUGACCGGGGUUUUACCUGAAAGACAAAAAAUAAUGGGAAUGAAAUUUAAAGGAAAGCCACCAGAUAAUUCUGUUUUACUGACAGAUAUGAAAUUGAAACCUAACACAAAAUUAAUGAUGAUGGGGACAAGAGAAGAGGAACUUGAUAAAGUGAAAGAACCUCCCCCAGACCUACCAGAAGUUAUAAAUGAUUUUGAUAUAGAAGAAGAUGAAAUCGCUAUAGAAAACAGAGAAGAAUAUUUAGCAAAGAUUGAAAGAAGAGUUAAAGAUUAUAAAAUUGAAAUUAUGAAUGAACCAAGACCAGGGAAAAAGCUCUUAGUUUUAGACAUAGAUUACACAUUAUUUGAUCACAGAUCUGUAGCAGAACAAUUUAAUGAGUUGAUCAGACCAUUUUUACAUGAGUUUUUACAGUCUGCUUAUGAGCAUUAUGAUAUUGUUAUAUGGUCUGCAACAUCCAUGAAAUGGAUUGAAGUGAAAAUGAAAGAGCUAGGUUGUACUACUAAUCCUAAUUAUAAACUAUGUUUUAUGUUAGACUCAUCAGCAAUGAUAAGUGUACACACACCAAAAUAUGGAGUUAUAGAGGUAAAGCCAUUAGGUGUUAUAUGGGGCAAACAUAAGCAAUGGAAUGCAUCCAACACUAUAAUGUUUGAUGAUAUCAGAAGAAAUUUUAUAAUGAAUCCUAAAACAGGACUCAGAAUAAGAGCUUUUAGAGAGGCACAUAUGAAUCGACACAAAGACACAGAGCUUUUAAAAUUAUCAAAAUAUCUAAAAGAUAUCUCUAACGUAGAAGAUUUUACAGAAUUGAAUCACAAAUAUUGGGAAAGAUACAGACCGAAGAGAAAGCAUGAUAAAACUGAGUCAGAAGAUGCUUCAUGAUGCUGAGUUGAUUUUAAUUGGAUUUUUUUCUGAUGCACCCAGAGACAGAGGAUGAUGUCCUCAAUCUUAAUCUUUUUUAUCAAUGGACACAUUUAAAAGAGGACAUUCUGUUAUUGAUAUUGAAAUGUUGAGAUUAACCUUUUUAUGAUACUGUUAUGUUAAAGUAUUUUUAGUUAUAAUAUCAUAACUAGCCAACAAGCUUUAGGUAUGAACAAUAUAACAGUCUACUGUUGAAAUGACCUAUAUAGCAAUUAUCUUUUGAGUGUUAUUACUUGAACUGAUACUAAAAGGAUAUCUGUGAUCAUUUAUUAAAUGAAAUAAUUGUUGUUUAAGGUGGUACCCAACACUUACAAAAAAAA